AUGCACUCCCGCUGGCAUUGGGCUUGUGUGUGCGGCGCUGCCCCUUUCCCUCCUCACCCCUGGUCCUCAGCGAUUUGUAACAUGGGUCGCAUGGCACAUUGGCAAGGGACAGCAGCAGCAGCAGGGGGGAGGGGGACUAGACCCCGGGAAGGUACGCUGACUUCCCCCAUCUUCCCUCAGGAGAACCAAAGUCGAGAGCAGGAGCUCGCUCCCCCUGCGCAUCAGAUGAACACGUCCAACUCGGCGCGGGCGUAG